AGUGGCGUUCCAAGUGGGAACCUGGAAGGCGGGCGCCUGAGACACUCUACCUUUUCCACCUCUAUGAUUUAUUUCGCCGGCAUCCUCUGAUAGUUCGCCAUCUGUUGGCUCUCCCUGUUGUUGUUGUCCGUCCAGUCUUGCAGGCGCCUCUUGGCGACGAAGCUGCCAAGGCAAAACUCCAGCGACGGAGGACCCGGCGGGAGGACUCGUCCUUGCUGCAGCUGUGACUCGGAAGAAAGAAGCAUGAGGUAUAUCAGCACCCAAGGUGCCCCUGAAAGCACUGAUUUUGAAGGUGCUCUCCUGUCUGGGUAUGCGUCGGAUGGUGGCCUUUUCAUGCCUGAGACCAUUCCCAUUUUGGAUUUUGCCACACUGCGAACCUGGAGCACCUUCUCCUAUCCAGAACUGGUGAAGCAACUGUGCGGUAUCUUCAUCUCCCCCGAACUCAUCCCCAAAACAGAAUUGAGUGACCUGAUCGAUCAAGCAUUCAGCAGGUUCAAGCACAAAGACGUUGUUCAUAUGUCAAGACUAAAGAAUGGUCUGAACAUUUUGGAGCUUUGGCACGGUCCAACAUAUGCUUUUAAGGAUCUCUCCUUGUCCUGUACUGGGCAGUUCCUGCAGUACUUUUUGAAGAAGAGAAAGAAACGUGUCACAGUCCUCGUGGGGACUUCAGGAGAUACAGGCAGCGCAGCCAUUGAGAGUGUCCGGGGGAAAAAGAAUGUGGACAUCUGCGUUCUGCUGCCACAGGGUCUCUGUACCCAAGUGCAGGAGCUACAGAUGACGACUGUGAUGGACGAGAAUGUUCAUGUGUUUCUCACUGAAGGGAACUCUGAUGAAAUCGAUGAAGUCCUCAAAGAAGUGUUUGCAGAUGAGGAUUUUUCAAGAAGACACAAUCUGAUGACCCUGAGUUCAAUCAACUGGUCCAGGAUUCUAGUGCAGAUGGCACAUUAUUUCUAUGCCUAUUUCCAGUGCACUUCAACCACAGAUGCUCUUCCAUGGCCUGUUGUGGAAAUUGUGGUUCCAACGGGGGCAGGAGGAAAUCUCACAGCUGGUUGUAUUGCACAGAAGAUGGGGCUUCCCAUUGAGCUUGUGACUGCAGUCAAUGACAAUGACAUUAUACACAGAGCUAUUCAGCAAGGCGAUUUCUCAGUAUCUGGGGCUGUGAUGUCAACACUAGCUUCUGCAAUGGAUAUCCAAGCACCUUACAAUAUGGAGAGGAUCUUUUGGCUGUUUUCUGGUUCAGACAGCAGUUUGGUCAAAAGUUUGAUGGAAGAAUUUUAUACUACUAAAAAAGUUAAACUCCCAUCAGAACUGCAGAAGAAGCUUUCUGAAUGCCUGCGAUCUUGCAGAGUAUCAGAUGAAGAAAUUCUCCAAACCAUGCGGUGCUGCUGGGAUGAUAACCACUAUCUCUUGUGUCCCCACACGGCUGUUGCUGUUUGCUAUCAUUACAAGUACCCCUCUUGCCACCCGAGAAAGUCCAGGUGCUGCUUAGCUUCGGCUUCCCCAGUCAAGUUUGAAGAUUCUGUCAGUAAAGCAAGGAUCCCUUUAGAAAUCAUGCCUGAGAUAAGCAUGCUGAAAAAUAAGAAGACCAGAUCCUGUACCCUGAAGAGAGGUGAAGACUGGGCAGGAAUACUACGGUGUCAGAUAGAGGCCAUUACAAAGCAGCACAAUCCUGUCAUCAAUUGAACAUUUCAACGGGUAGCCUAGGCUCAGAUAAAUGCUUCCUGAAUCCAAAUCUCUUACUGUUCUUCAGGGCAUGUAUAGCAGUGCCAGACUGAAUGAAGAAUAAGUCUGCGCUAAAACAAAGAAACCAAAAUGUGAAUAAAACAAUUGAAAUCAUAUUUCAUUAAAAAUAAUUUUAAAAGCUAAGUUAAAGAGAUGGUAGCCACUGUUAUGUCGAGCUUUUCAGUUUCCCAGAAAUCAUUGUUUGUGUUGUUCAAAUCAGAAUGCUGACUCCCUGCCCCAUUUAGUCAAAUUACAAUUUUAUUCCAAUCUUUCCAAAGAGCUCCAGAAAAUCAUGCAUAAUCAUACUUUAUCCUUAAAAUGUAGGGAGUUAAAUUUGGAACAAGAGACAGUGACUGGCCUAAAGUCAUUGAGAGAGCUCUGUGUUAGCCGGAGUGAUGAUGAUCACUUUCUUGCGCAGCCCAGUAUUUAGUUUGAAAAGUAACAACACAAUCUGUAGAAACGAUGGAUGUGUAAUAUGAAUACUGUCCACAAGGGGGCAGAACAAUCUAAGUUUUGUCUUACCUACUUGCUGUUCAUCAUAAAGUUCAGUAGCUGGCUGGUUCCCUGGCAUUUGAAUGACUCUUAAUCCUAAGCAUGUAGAGAACAGAGUAUCCCCUCUUCCUCAAACUUAGAGAUCAACACUUGAGUUGUUUGCUUUGUAUUGCCAGAUGUGUGACUUGGCAAGAAGUCAUCUGGUGCUCUUUCCUAUUCCGUGCCUCAGGUAUUUGUUGUGCCAUUGUCUCCUGACCCCACUUUUAUCUUCUGAACAGACAGGAAGCCAUUCUGGCUGGUGUAAAAAAUUAAUAAAAAUUGAUAAAAAUAUUUAAAAAUUAAUGAUUUUUUAAAAAGUUGCAUUAAUGCUGGGGCACACGAGUAAAAAAGAAAAAAAGCUUGGAAAAAAUAGGAAGAAUUCUCUUUUCAUAGCGAGAACCUUUAAUAUUGAAUAAUUUGUAAAUGGUUAUAGUAAUUAUAUGCACUAGAAAUCCCUUCAUACCUAAUGGGAUGUACUUCUGAGUAAACAGGCUCUGGAUUUCAUUACUGAAUUAUGUUUUACUGCUAAAAGUAGCAAUACACUUACCCUCUCCAACAGGACUAAAAAUUAAUAAAACUUUCCCAAAAAUUGUGCGGU